AUGACCUCUGUCGGAUUCACAAAGAUGGAAGCAGGAGAUUUCUCGGACGUACACGAUGUCGAAGCUCAAGCCGAUGAGAACGACAAGACUGGGUUGGUUGAACCAAUGGAGAUCGAUGACGCGCCAGGCAAAUUCAUGAGCUGGAAUCCUAUGGACUGGUAUGCUGAAAUCCAAAAGGAAUUGCAUGAAUUUUCGUGGGAAAUGACUGAACGAAGGCGGGUGCUUUUAAGAGCAGUUUUCGGUGAAGGAUUGUGUACCUUCCUCUUCCUCUUCAUUGUUGAAGCCGUGACCAUGAACAACUCUCGACAACAAAAUCCCGAAAACUUGGUUUUGAGUGCUAUCUCCACUGCAUUUUGUAGUAUUGCAUUGAUCUACUCAUUCGCCGAUGUUUCCGGUGCUCACUUCAACCCUGCCGUAACUGUUGCCACCAUUGUAACUGGAAAAGUAUCUGGCCACAAAGGAUUGAUGUUUAUUGGAAUCCAGCUCUUGGCCUCAGUGUUGGCUACGUCGUGGUUGUAUGUUGUCUUCCCUGGUCCUACCAACACCACCAUUCCUUACUCGGUGGUUGUCGACAUUGACUCGACUGCUUCAACCUUACACGCCUUUUUCAUGGAGUUCUCCUUGACCUUCGUGUUGGUUUACGUUAUCUUUGCUACUGCUUUCGAUACCGUCGACACCAAGGGUGAAGUCAAGAUCUCUGAAGAUGGAACCACCAAAGAGUCUGCUGGAAAGAACCUCACCAUUUAUACAACUUCUGGUAACACCAAAGCCGGUUUCGCUCCAGUCGCCAUUGGAUUCACUUUGGGUUUCCUUGGUUUGUUGGGAUCAUCCGUGUCAGGAGGUGCCUACAACCCAGCUCGUGCUUUUGGACCUGCCUUGUUAUCUGGACAUUGGGACCACCAAUGGAUUUACUGGCUAGGUGAUUGUUUGGGAGCCAUUGCAGCUGGUUACAUGCAAAGUUUGUUCGCCCAUGAAGCUGUCCAAGUUUCCCAUGCCGGACGAACUGCUGCCUCUGCUCGCAAAGCAAAGGCCAUUGCUAGCCAGUAA